ACAACACACGCUCCUGAAACCUGCACAACACACGCUCCUGAAUCCUGCACAACACACGCUCCUGAACCCUGCACAACACACCCUCCUGAACCCUGCACAACACACGCUCCUGAACCCUGCACAACACACGCUCCUGAACCCUGCACAACACACGCUCCUGAACCCUGCACAACACACGCUCCUGAACCCUGCACAACACACGCUCCUGAACCCUGCACAACACACGCUCCUGAACCCUGCACAGCACAUACUCCUGAACCCUGCACUCUGUACAUAGUGGUACUCCUGAACUCUGUAUACAUAGUCUUACAGACACAACCAGCCCUUUGA